AUGUCAAAAUUAUUACUAGCCCUUGUCGAAUGGCAGGAGGAAGGAUUUCCCCUCGGUGUGAUAAAUUUACGUGCCAUAGAUGACCCGCGUCUCCCAUUUGAAGAUUACACAGUUGGGUUAGACGUUUACGCCAAAUGCCAAGGAUUCCCGGGGUCACAUCCCGCCAAAAUUUUAAAGAUCGGUGAUGAUAGAAGAGAAUUACACAAUGAAAUGGAUCUCCUUAGGACAACACCUAGAUUGUGUUCCACUGAAGAAGAAACUUGCAUGCCUCAGGAAAAAUCAGCUGAAAAGCAGCUUCAGGGUAAAGAUAGGAAUAAGAAGCAGAAAGUCGAAAAAGCAAAUAAGAAGAAAAUGGAAGAAGUCAAUCCGAUUGACAAGAAAAAGGCGGGGAAAUUCCCCUGCCCCCGGGUCUUAGGGACAACCCUGAUAAACUCUUACCAAUUGGCUAACAAGCAAAUUCAAAACGAGAACAAGGACACUGAGGAAGACUUACUACCUCUACUACCUCUUCAGGACAUUGACUUUACACAGUUAGCUGAUGACUCUGAUCAUGAGGAGGAUGCACUCAAUGCUGAAUUGAUUGCUUUAACGGACCUGCCAGUUCAACAAGUGAAUGCUAAAGGGCACAAUACUGUGGCUCAAAAAGCCCCUCGAAACCGAGCACUGGAGGUGAAAUAUGCUGAAGCAAUUAAAGAAAAUGGCAUUCUAAAAUGCAAACUUUCAGAGGCUUACAAAGAGUUGGAGGAGUUGAAAUUGAAAAGCCAGAAUAUGUCAAAAGAAAAUAAUGAGGAUUACACCAUGCCAAAGCCUGGUAAACUUUCGAGUGAUGUGGCAAAAAGAUACAAGAUGGUUGAACUAACACCUGGAUCAGGUGUGUACCUCUAUCAACAUGAUAUUGACCACGUACAAAGAGUGCGAGACCCUUCUGCCCAAGGAACAGCUGCCUAUGGUAAACGGAUGGCAAAACUCCUCAUGAAUAUAUUCUUCACCAAGAAAGACUUUCCUGAUUGCAAGCUGUCUCCCAAUGCUAAAGGCCAUCUACUGCUAGAUGAAACCAUAACAAGUGCAAUUAUCAAUUUUUCAGCGCAGAAGUCAUGUGCAACAAAAGGGGCUAUUCGUCAAGCAAUGGCUGCAAAAUUAUCAUCUGCAAGAGCUAAGAGCAAGAGGGUUGUGCAGCAUGUAGAGUAG